UACCAGGCCCUUAGGCCCACCUUAUAUUUUCAUUCUUUAUUCUAUUCUGUCUCAUGUUUGGCAUCUCUGUGCGACCAAACCGCCGAGAGAGAUGCGAUGACGACGAGUCCACAGAAAUGGCGAAUCCCUCUAAGGCUCAUCAAGCGCUACGACAUCGUUUUUAGUUGUAGCCGGCGCCUAUUGCACGAAGGCCCGGACACCAUCGAGGAGCUUCUAGACAGGCACAUAGUGAAGAAAGAGAAACACCUCGACGAUGAGGAGGAGGAGUUGCUGAACCGCCGGCGGCUCACCAGCACUCGGCGGGAGGCACUGGGCCUGUAUCGUGACAUUAUCAGGGCGACUCGGUUCUUCAUGUGGCCGGACUCUCGGGGCGUGCUUUGGAGAGAUGUCCUGAGAGAGAACGCGAGGAAGGAGUUCGAGGAGGCCCGGUUCGAGACGGAUCCGGAAAUUAUUACCCGAUUGCUCAUCGGUGGGCAUGAUGCUGUGCAGUCGGCUAUAGAUAAGCUCGCCGAGAAGCAGAGGCAGCAGAUUCAGAAGGAGCGAGGCGGUGGAGAUUAAGCGUAAACGGUUUGAUUUAUUUUCCUUUGUUGUUGUUGUAACUUGUAAAGAUGUGUUUGGGUAUGUAAUGCCAUCUUGUGUGAUAUUUUUCCAAUCCUUAAAUAACGAAUUCACAAAAAUUUGUUAUGAGA